AAGGGGAAACGGAACCCAAUCCUAGGUCACGCCGCCCACCGCCCACCCGCACGCCACCCAAAUUCCCGGCCCUUCUCGCCUCCCCCCGCAGCCUACGACGGCGACGACCUCGGCGGCGGCUGUGGCCUGAGCAGAAUCAGCCGCGGCGUUCGCGCAUUAUCCGUCCUCAUCCAAUCCAACCAGGCCCAGCGGAAGGGGAAGAGAAGGCGAAGGCGGGGGAUAAGUCAACCGGCCCACCUCGCCGCCUGGUCGGGCGCACUCGCCACCGCCGAUGCUGAGGCGCCGGCCAUGGUGUCGGCGUUGCUCUCGUACCUGCAGGCCCUGUGGCCGUUCUCCGCCCUCGUGAGGGAGGAGGACGACCUGCGCGCGUCGGCGCGGCUGGUCCGGGCGCUCUCGGUGCCGGAGGAGACGAAGCAGUUCGUGCUCGCGCUGCGCGAACCGCCGCGGGAUCGGGACGGCAGCGGCGGCGUGAUCUACAUCCUCGCCGCGCAGAACCUUUCGGAGCAGUCCGCGUCGGACGCCGAGCGCCUGAUCAGGGAGGUGCGGCCGGGGGCCGUGGUCACCCAGGUCUCGCGCGCGGCCCUCGACGACGUCCGGAUCGAGGAGGACUGCCUGUCCGGCAGCGCCGGCGGGGGCGUGCUGGUGCCGGCGUCGCCGUUCCAGGUGAUCAAGAGGUGCGUCACGGAGAAGAGGAGCAAGGACCAGUAUGUCAAGGCGGCAGCCUGCCAGGUCCUGCAGGAGAUCUUCGGGGUUGGGUUCUACGGCCAUCUGCUUGCUGCCAAGAGAGCAGCAGAGGAGACGGGUUCGUGGUUUCUCUUGCUUGAGUCUCCGUAUGAGAGGAAUUGCGGUGGCAAUGGGGCAGGCAGCCGGGAUAGUGCCGCAGAUGAUAGUUCAGCUCAGCAAUUACAGGCUAGCUGCUCGCUCCCUCACAGUACCACGGAUGAUGAAUCGGCCCAGCAAUUACAGGCUAGCUGCUCGCUCCCUCGCAGUACCACGGAUGAUGAAUCAGGUUUGCACUUGCAGGCUAGCUGCUUGGUCCCCAGGAAUGCCACUUCAAUUGUAAGCUCCCAUGGUAGGAAAAUAUGCCUUAUGGAUGAUAAUGGAGGACAACUCUUGAAGUCGCUGGCUCCAAGUCUCGGUUUCUUGAUGUCCGAAGCUAUCACUUCCAAUGCUGCUACUGAGUGCAGACCAUCUGAGUGCAAGCCGGCUGACGGAUAUGAGGCUCCACCGUUUGCUCAGUCUGUCUACCCUUUACUUGCUGAUCUUUAUCAUAUAUUUGUCGAUAUUCCAUCGAUUGGGAGGGCUAUGGCUUCUGCUCAGGAGUUGCUUAAACAAGUUCAUGAGGGGGAGCCAAUCAGCAGCGAUAUGCUAUCCGAUGUGUACAUUUUUAGAAUUGCUAUAGAGGCUCUCAGAAUGGGUUUAAACAAUGCAGCAAGGUGUCACAUUGAUACCAGAGACAAACAUGGUUCAGAAAAGCUGGAGUUUUCAGAACUCCAAUCUGAUGAGAAGUGCCACAUUCUUCUUGUGCAAGCUCUCAGGAGCCAACUAAAAGAGUUUGAUUCUGUGGUGGCUAUUGUUGAUGCAAGCUGCUUAGCUGGAAUAAGGAGACAUUGGAACACUCCUGUUCCUUCAGAGAUUACUCAAUUAGCUAGCAGGUGCUUCAACCAUUAUGGUGAUGAAAAUGAUGACAAUAUUGAGCUACCUUCACCAGGCAGUACUGAUAAAAAAAGUUGGAUAUCUGAGAAGCCUGUGGUCGCUGUUGGUGCAGGAGGUACAGCAAUUUUGGGCUUUUCAUCAUUGUCAAAAACUGUUCAGGCUUCUGCCUUCCUUAAGCUGGCUCCGUACAAAAGUCCAGUAGUUCUAAAGUAUGGACUAAUGCAGCUGCAAAGACAUGCUGCCAUUGUAUUAAGCAAGAUUCUGCCUCAUGGGUUUGCUACUGCUGGUUCGAAGGCAUCUGCUCUACAGUUCACGGCUUCAGCAGAGAAAAUCCGAGCAGUGGCUCACACUAUAAUAUCAUCAGCUGAGAGAACGAGCUUGUUGGCUAUGCGGACUUCAUUCUAUGAAAUAAUGCAGAAGAGGCAUAGACAACCUUUCAGAAUAACUCCUUGGGCAACAUUUGGCUGCAGCAUGGUUGCAUGCGCUGGUCUCGUGAUGCAUGGAGAUGGGAUUGAGUGUGCAGCUGAGGUGGCACCUUCUGUUCCUAUGAUUGCAUCUCUAGGUCGUGGCCUUGAGAGCUUGCGUCUCACAUCACAGGAGGUGAGACAAACAAAGGGCCAGAAUGUGAAAGAAGCUAUGCGAGCUUUAAUGAACAGCUUGAAGAAAUCAGCAAAAUAAAUGGCCAGCACUUUACAACUGGAGCUGUAUAGAUUUUCGUCAUGCAAUUUUGGAACAAGACUUAAUUAUCAUGAACUGUAAAGUGUAUUUUCUUGUUUUGCUGAGAUAGUGAAAUUCUCAAGGUUUUUGUGCUUGUGCGUGAUGCUAGCGCGAACUUAGGGAGCACUUGAGCUAGAUAAGUUUGUUUUUUUAUUGACCUUCUGUACAUACAUACAAGAUAUAACACUGUUAACACAUUGAUAUGAAUGACAAUAUAGUUUGAAUAAGA